UGUUCAUGAGGUGCACAGGAGGAGAGGUCGGAGCCACCUCAGCCCUGGCCCCCAAAAUUGGACCCCUGGGUCUGUCUCCCAAAAAGGUUGGUGACGACAUCGCCAAGGCUACUGGAGACUGGAAGGGUCUGAGGAUCACCGUGAAGCUGACCAUCCAGAACCGUCAGGCUGCUAUCGAAGUGGUUCCCUCUGCCUCGGCUCUGAUCAUCAAAGCUCUGAAGGAGCCCCCUCGUGACAGGAAGAAGGUGAAGAACAUUAAGCACAGCGGCAGCGUGACCUUCGAUGAGAUCGUGGCCAUCGCUCGCACCAUGAGGCCUCGCUCCAUCGCCAGAGAGCUCUCAGGAACCAUUAAGGAGAUCCUGGGGACGGCCCAGUCUGUGGGCUGCACCAUCGAUGGACGUCCUCCUCAUGAUGUCAUCGAUGACAUCAACAGCGGCAAAGUCGAGUGUCCGUCAGACUAAAACGAGUCAAGUUUUCAAAUAAAAUGUUGACCAAAAACUGA